AUUGGUCAUUUGACCAACAAGGAAAUCCGCCAAACAGUUCUUGGUCUUUGGCAGCUCACACACAUUUUGAAUAAGAGCAAUUGCUACUAUAUAUCCACAAUGGGUCGUUUUUUUUUCCAUACCUUCCACAAGCGUGUUUGCAUACAUGUUAUAAAGGAGUGAAGUAAAACAGAGGCGUUAUUAUUAUUUUUUUAUUUCUCCGCCCACUCCGGAACACUGAAGUAAGCGUUUGCUCUAUUUCUUUUCUGAGGUGAUUUGGAGUUGCACGCAUCUCAAGUCGUUGCGCGCUUGAGGCGCUGUUUGCAACUUAAAGCGUUUGGACGUAAAUGGUCAGUUCCCGUUUAUGCUUCAACACAAUUCGUCGGGAAUUCCUUAAAUGUUUCGCUGAUAAUUCUAUUCACCGAGCUUCGGCGUCGACGUGUUCCGAGAGACUACCGGGCCCGAGGUUGGAGGAUUCCGACGGAGAAAAAGGAGUUAUGCACAGCGGAAGAGGACACUUGCCAAGCAACCGCCAGAGGACAAUGAGCCUGCUUCGCGUCUUGGUCCUGUGCUUCCUUACAGACGUGUCGCUGGGCUACAAGCAGGGGGAGAACGUGAUGGUCUAUGUCAACAAAGUCGGGCCUUAUCAUAACCCUCAGGAGACAUAUCACUUCUACACCUUGCCGGUUUGCAGGCCAGAUAAGGUGCACCACAAGUCUCUGAGUUUGGGAGAAGUGCUGGAUGGUGACAGAAUGGCCGAAUCAUUGUAUCAGAUUCGGUUUAGAGAGAAUGUUGAGAAGAAAACUCUUUGCCAGCUCACACUUUCAGAGAAACAGGUAGACCAGCUUCGCGAGGCCAUCGAAGAGCUGUACUACUUUGAAUUUGUCCUGGAUGACAUUCCAAUCUGGGGCUUCGUGGGAUACAUAGAGGAGAGUGGAUUCCUGCCUCACAGUCACAAAGUGGGUCUGUGGACUCACCUGGACUUCAACAUCGAGUACAAUGGCGACUCUGUGAUCUUUGCGAACGUCUCUGUGAAAGACGUCAAACCUGUCCCUUUGGAGGAUGGUGCCGGAGUAGCCCUGAGCGGCAUUGGGGUGGGUGGAGGAAGCCUGACGGUCAUUCACACGUACAGUGUGCACUGGUUCGAGUCCUCACUGCCCCAUGCCCGCCGAGCUGAGCGCCUUAGGGACUACUCGUUCUUCCCCAAAACAUUAGAGAUCCACUGGCUGUCCAUCAUCAACUCAUUGGUGCUAGUGGUGCUCCUUCUGGGCUUCGUUAUCAUCAUCCUCAUGCGGGUUCUUAAAAACGACUUUGCCAGGUAUAAUGUAGAAGAGGAGGUAGGGUGUGAUGACCUGGACCAAGGAGACAACGGCUGGAAGAUCAUACACACUGACGUUUUUCGGUUUCCCCCAUACAAAAGCUUGCUUUGCGCCGUGUUAGGAGUUGGGGCACAGUUUCUUACCCUUGCUACAGGAAUCAUCAUUAUGGCACUCCUGGGAAUGUUCAACAUACACCAUCACGGCGCGAUUAACUCUGCAGCCAUCGUCUUGUAUGCUCUGACCAGUUGUGUGUCAGGUUACAUAUCAUGCAGCUUUUACACACAGAUUAAUGGAAGGCGUUGGGUGUGGAACAUCAUCUUGACUUCAUCUCUCUUUUCUGCUCCUCUGUUCCUGACUUGGAGCGUUGUCAACUCCAUCCACUGGUGGAGCGGCUCCACACAGGCCUUGCCGGCCACCACCGUGCUCCUCCUGCUGGGUGCCUGGGUGUUGGUGGGCUUCCCACUCACUGUCAUCGGCGGCAUUGUAGGCAAGAACCGAGCGGGUGGCUUCCAGGCUCCGUGCCGCACUCGCAACAUUGCCCGGCAGAUCCCUCCGCAGCCUUGGUACAAGCAUACGGCUGUGCACAUGGGCAUCGGUGGCUUCUUGCCAUUCAGGGGUUUAAGACCAAACCCGGAUGUAAAGUGAAAAUCUGCGAGUCAUAGAGACCCACCCCAAAUUGUUCAUGCGCAUGGUAAUAAUUUAAACCCUUAAUACAGUACACGGGUGCCUUGAGAUACAAGUGACUAAAUGUAUGUUUGUCAAGAUAAAAAAUCAUUGUUCUCCCUAUUUUUUACUGUUCUGCUUUGACUUGCAAGCACAUGCUUAGAACUCGUUGCCAUACUAGACACAUUUGACCUCUCUCAAUAUAUUUUAAGAGCAGGCACGCGGCCCUAAAAGUCCCUAAAAACCCCUAAAUUUUCGAAGGUGCAUUUAGGGGCUCCUAAAAGUCCUUAAAAAUCUGCGAAAACUGGUCAAGCCCCUAAAAAGGCCUUAAAUUUAAAAAAAUCGAUGGGAGGACCUCUACCGCCAAAAUUCUCCCUAAAAAAAAAGUUAUCUUUUAUUUAAAAAAAAAAAAUAGCGAUCCGUCUGGCAUCCAAAACAGCUGGAAAUUGUCAACGGAAGUCACCGUGUUGACAAUUAGUCGCCAUCUUGUCGAUAUUCUAUUGUUUGUUUCCAUGAGUAGGCAUUUCAGUUCGUCUUCGUUACGACGUAGCAUAGUUCUUUCAUCGAUCCAACUUGUAUCAUAGGGAAGUGCAUUUUUCAAUAUGCUUGGGUUGAAAGUAAGGAGUUUGGGAGCUGGGUUCGACAAGAUCCAAAAGAUCGGCACAUGUUUUACUGCCAUCUGUGCAAGCAGAGUUACCAGCUUGAAAAGAUGGGCGUCAAAGCGCUGGAGUCGCACCGGAAAAACAGGAGACACGCUGAUUUGGCGAAGACUUUCUCAUCUUCCGUUGGUAUGAAUUUGUUUCUAAAAUAUCAAGAUAGUGAAGCAUCAACUUCAGGCAGUUUUACUGGCAGUGCAUGCGCACCUACAGUUGUCCAGUCAUCGACUUCAACCAGCCAGAAGUCAGGCUUUAUGAACGUAGUUCAAUACACGAAGAGGGACUUGUUAAAGGCAGAGAUCGUGUGGACUUUAAAAGCGAUCUGCAGCCAUUAAAGUUACAAAUCUUGUGAAAAUAAUUCGAAAGUGUUUGCAGUCAUGUUCCCAGACAGUGACAUUGCUAAAACCUACCACUGUGGGGAAAGGAAGACUUCGUACCUGGCUACAUUUGGGAUCGCUGCCCACUUUUCAUCUCUACUGCCUCAAAGCCAAAAAAGCCAGAAUAGAGACUGACAUAUGUACGCUUAUUGAGAAGGCUGACAGGUUGUGUGAGGAGGCAGAAGAAAAGAGGAAUCUGAGGUUUAUCACCGAGGCCAAUGCACUCAGAGGCAGAGCAAAGGAGAAGAGAGCCACUUUGGCACCUUUGCAGCAACAAAUAGAGGAGGCACUGGGUAGGCUUAAGGAGCUAGAUUAGGGGUGCUGAGACAGACAUCAGUAGAAGACAUUUGUGUAUAUAGUUGGAAUUGUAGUUAGAAUCUGUUUUUCUGUAUAUUAUUAUGUGAAGACGUUGACAAUGGUCAUAUCAAUGAGAACUACCACAAGGAGCGACAGGUGAUCACUGUCACAGGUACUGAGUUACUGGAACAUUUGAUGAACCAAGAACGGUUGAUGGCACCAUUGGGUGAGUCUUUUUUCCUUACUCUUGAUUUCCCACGAUGGCCCUAAAUUUUUCGUGUCGGCCCUAAAUUUUUUCCGUGUCGGCCCUAAAUUUUUCAUGUCAGCCCCUAAGAAUGCUCCUAAAAAGCCCUUAAUUUUUUUGGGUCAGACUGAGUAUGACCCCUGUUAGAGUCUGACUCACACUAACGGCCACAUCUUAGACCCAGUCUUUUCAAAGGAUGUUAACAUUCUAUCAGUUGACAUUGAGGAUAUGGCUAUUUCUGACCAUUUUGUAUAUUUUUUUAACUAUAGAUUCUUCCAAAAGUUCAAACAACCUCAGUGUCUAUUAAGAAAAGGUACUUAAAUGAGAGGCCCCGGAGCUCAGUGGUUAGAGCACUGGUUUAGUAAACCAGGGGUUGUGGGUUCGUAUCCCACUGGGGCCUCCACUCCCUGAGAAGGUUUGCGUCAGGAAGGGCAUCCGGCGUAAAAAUUGUGCCAAACAUAUAUGUGCGUUCUUCUGAGAUGACACGCUGUGGCGACCCCGAAAGGGACAAGCUGAAAGAAACUUGCUACUUAAAUGAGAGUACUGCCAUUAGGUUUACGGCGACUGUAGCUGUGCCACAAACUGUGAAUGCUAAGACCGUUUAUGAACUUUUGGACAAUUUUACCUCGAAAAUCUCGAAUGCCAUGAAGGCUGUCACUCCUGUUAAAACUAAGACCAUCUUGAGGUGACCUAAAACACAGUGGAGGAGCAGAAUGAUGGUCAAGAGCUCUAAAUCAAAGUGUAGGAAAGCAGAACGCAAAUUGACUAUGACUUCUACAGACAAUGUCUUUGUAAUUUUAACCAAAAGUUAGUGAGGGCUAGACAACAACACUUUUCUGAAAUCAUCAGUCAGAACCUCAACAAUACUUGCGCUCUUUUUGCUGUGGUUGACAAGCACACAACCCCCCCAAAUCAGAAGUCCAGAACUUGUAACAGCUGUCAAAUGCAAUGAGUUUGCCUGUUACUUUAGUGAAAAAAUACAAUCCAUCAGGUUAAAUAUCAGCACAAUGAUAAAAUACUACAUUUGAAGCCACCCAGGGAAGACUAUAUUGCUAUGUCCGAAUUUGAUGCAGUUGACCAAAAAAAACCAGUUGAGAAAACUGUUCAGCAGCUCAAACCAUCAACAAGCUGGCUUGACUCAAUACUAUCUGACUUUGAUUAUUUGAAACAAAUAAUCAUUUGCUCACUUCAGCCUGCCCAGUUUCCUAAAGCUCUUAAAGUGUAUGUAACAUUUUAUCUAGAUGAAAAUAUAUGUUCAACUGUACCAUAAAAUGCAUAUCUUGUUCAAUUUUUUCACCGAAAAAUAUAAGUAUUCAUGAAUUAAAGUCUGCGAACUUUGACCUAGAUUCGCUGUAUCUGACAAAUGCCCCCUUUUGUGUGGCAUACUUCUGGCAUCACAACAAGGACUUGUGUCUGUGUAAUGGCUUUAUCGCUCGAAGCAUUGAUUGUUGACGCCGAAGAAAAAACAAUUUGUUUCAAGAAUUUCUCAGUGAUUGUAAGAUAAAAUGGUGAAGAAGUGUGUGGUUCAGUUUUGUCACAGUUUACAUUAUUUCCCCAAAGACCCCAGCCUGAGAAGACUGUCAGGUUUGUGCAAACGAGAGCUAAUUUUUCAGUCUUGUCAUAUGCAGUGAACAUUUCCGCGGGACUCUCUUACUGGUGGACUCAUGUCUGAGAUGGGUUUUAAAUGUUAAAACCUGGAUCAGUGCCUAUCAUCCAGCCUUGAAGAGAUCAGUGUUGCUGAAGGGACCAGACGUGAACUUGGAUCAGCCGCUCAACCGGGACAUGGUCCAACAAGCUCAGAAGCCCUCCAACACACACACACACACACACACACACACAAAAGGGCUUUUAUUAAAAGACAAGGUGUGGAGGUAUGUUGAUCAUCUUUUAUUUCCUGAAAACAUCGAACACUGUUGAGAUGGUUGAAUAAAACCAACAUUCAUUGUUCUUGGCGGAAAAAUAUUUUAUUACAGCAAAUAUUUGACCAUUUUCAACUAGAAAACAGGAGAUUGCAUACAAACCUUUCAUUAUUUAAUGACAGCUGUGCAAAAUGUAAAUAAAAAAUGCCCAUGACUCCUUCAUUGCCAGCUAUUUAGUCUGCAUUUGAAUGUGUGUUCUGUGUAACUGGCUCAAAUUGAUAACCUUUGACGCCUUUAUAAUCUCGUAUUUUUCACCAUCUUCAUGGGACCCUUCAGAAUCAUUUUCAUUGCUCAAAGUACUGGGAAAUUCAUAGUCGUUCUCACAUUGCAGUUGAAGAGCAGCCAUGUUUAUGUCUCGUCCUGAUGUCACGUCCCUUCUCGAGAUUUUCUGCUGUGUGCUCGGGUAUUUCCGGCUAAUUCAGCAAUGUGCGAUCAAUUUUUGCUGAUAAUCGAAAACCACAAAUGUUUUCUUCAUAGCGUAUUUUUCAGAUUCAAGUUCAUCUUGAAAAACUAUGAUACAAGCAAAAGGUCCUUCGAAGACUUUACAUACCCUUUAAACUAGCUGCUCAUCUGCCUCUUUGAAAAAACAGCACUGGACGCUUCCAUGUUAGCAAGCCACCGACCUAUCUCUAAUCUCCCUUUCAUAGUCAAGCUUGUUAAGACAUAUUUUUAAUCAACUCAGCAAUUUAUUGACUUUAAUUUUUUUUUCACAGGUUUCUGAAGUCAUCACAGUACAGAAUCUGCUCUUAUGAAAGUGCUAAUGAUAUGUUUGAAUAGUGACUCAGGAAUAGUGUAAAUCUUUUAACUUGGAUUUGAAAACAUUCACACUUGAAGCUGACGUCAGCUCUGUUGACAUUCCAUUUUUUGUCCUGCAUAAUGGCUAAAUGCUGUUUCACCCAUGUUUGCUUUGGACUCUAUACUCCACUAUUUGACUUCAGUCAGUUGAUCUUGGAGCCCGACUGGGUUUGUAUUCUAUUAGUAUUUAUUUAAUGUAUUCAGGACCUAAAUCAUUUAGUGAUACUGUAUAUAGACUAGUAGCAGAACAUCAAAAUAUAAUCUGAAGAUGACUGGAAGCCAGUGUAAAAACUUUUGAUUUGGAGUUCUAUGCUCUGACCUCUUUGUUCUGGUCAGAAGCCGAGCUCCAGCAUUUUGAAUGAACUGCAGGUGUUUAAUGCUCUAUUGGGGGAGUCCAGUCAGAAGACCAUUACAAUAAUUAAGUGUACUUGAGAUAAAAGCAAUGAUGAGCUUCUCUUGGUCUACAUGACACAUGGAAGCCUUCACUCUGGAUAUGUCUUCAGAAGCUAAUAGGCAGUUUUAGUAAUUGAUUUGAGUGUUGAAGGUCAGGUCGGAAUUUUUCAGAACACCAAGGUUUCAGACUUGGUCUUUGCUUUUUAAGUCCAGGUAUUUAGUAACAGCAAUCCAUCGAUCCAUUAUCUUUGCGUGUUCCUCACAAGGGUCACGGGGAGUGCUGGAGCCUAUCCCAGGUGUCAACGGGCAGGAGGCGGGGUGCACCCUGAACUGGUUACCAGCCAAUCACAGGGCACAUGGAGACAAACAACCACACUCACAAUCACACCUAGGGGCAAUUUAGAGUGUUCACUUAAUUAACAGGAACGAUUUUUUUUAUUUAUUGUCAAAAGCAAUUAUCUCAGUUUAGUUUUACGAAUUUCUGGCUCAUCCAGUUAUCUGCUUUAGGCAUUGGCACAACACCAUAGUUUAACUGUAGACCAAAUUUCCACUUUAUUAUAUUGCAGCUGUUUGCUAAAAUCAUAUGUUCAUUUUUCCCCGCAUUAAUGUACACACAGCUCCCCAUAUUUUAAUUAAAAAAAACAAAUUGGUGAAAUUUUUGCAAAUUGAAAAACUAAAAUAUCAGUAUUCAGUAUUAAGUGAGACUUUGUGUGAAGCAACAUCAGUAUAUAUACCAUAUCAUAUAAUAUGUAUCAUAUAGUUUAUGAAUGUCGUACCACGGGGGCACUGGCUGUACACACUUGGCAUUGGGUGAAGAGAAGGGCAGAGUUGUCAUCUGAUCACCACUGAGUGAUGAGGUGGCUCCAGUGGUGAGGGAAGAUGGCAGUCCGAAAUGGCAGGCCCAAACGUAUUGCCACAGUCUGCUGGGAACGUCUGACAGAAUCCCUUAUCAGAAAGAAUUUAAACUCCCACCUCCAAAAGAACUUUGCUCAUAUUUUGGGAGAUGCAGGGGACAUUGACUUCGAGUGAACCAUUUUCCGCGUCACCAUUCCUGAGUCGGCUGACUGGAGCUGUGGGCUUAAGCGGUUCAGUGCCUCUCACGGAGGCAAUCCUCAAACCCAUUGGACACCAAUGGUGAGGGAUGCCGUUAAUCUGAAGGAGUCCUAUUGGGCAUUUUUGGCCUGUGGGACUCCUAAGGCAUCUGAUUGUUACUGGCUGGCGAAAUAGAAUGCAGCUUUGGUGGUCGCUGAAGCAAAAACUCCGACACGGGAGGAGUUUGGUGAGGCCAUAGAGAAAGACCUGGAUGGCUUGGAGGAAAUUCUGGCCCACCAUGCGGCUUCUCAGAAGGGGAAAACAGUGCACUGUCAACACUGUGUACAGUGAGGAUGGGGAACUGCUGACCUCGACUCGGGACCCUGUGAGUUGGUGGGGAGAAUACUUCGAAGACCUCCUCAGUUGCAUUGACAAGCCUUCCCAUGAGGAAGCAGAGUCUGGGUUCUCUGAGGUGGGCUCGCCUAUCUCUGAGGUUGAGGUCGCCGAUGUGGCUAAAAAGCUCCUCUGUGGCAAGGCCCAGAGGGUGGAUGAGAUUUGCCCAGAGUUCCAAAAGCCUCUGGAGGUUCGUGGGGCUGUCCUUGUUGACAUGUUUCUGCAACAUCCCGUGGGCAUCGGGGACAAUGUCUCUAAAUUGGCAGACUGGGGUGGUGGUCCCCCUUUUUAAGAGGGGUCAUCAGAGGAUUUGUUCCAACUACAGGUGGAUCACACUCCUCAGCCUCCCUGGUAAGGUCAAUUAAGGUGUGCUGAAGAGGAGGGUUUGUUGGGAAGUCGAAUCUGAGAUUCAAAAGGAGCAACAUGGUUUUCCCCCCGGCCGUGGAACAGUGCACCAGCUCUACACCCUUGGCAAGGUCCUUGAAGGUGCAUGGGAGUUUGCCUCACUAGUCCACGUGUUUUGUGGUUUUGAGAAGGCGUUCAACCGUGUCCCUCGGGGAGUCCUGUGGGGGGUAUCCUUUGUGAGUAUGACGCACCCAAAUCCUCUAUGGGAUGUUCUGUCCCUGUACGACCAGUGUCAGUGUUUGGAAUGCAUUGCCAGCAGUAAGUUGGACUUCUUUCUAGUGAGAUUACGAGUCCGCCAUGGCUGCCCUUUGUCAGAGGUUCUGUUCAGAACUUUUAUGGAAAGAAUCUCUCGGCAGAGCUAAAGGGAAGAAGGGGUCCGAUGGUGCAGUCUCUAUUGCAUAUCUGCGUUUUGCAGAUGAUUUGAUUUGAUGUUUUGUUGGCUUCAACAAGCCGUGAUCGCUAACUCAAGUGUGAAGCAUCUGGGAUGAGAAUCAGCACCUCCAAAUCUGAGACCAUUUGGAAAACGGUGGCUUGGCCUCUCCAGGUCGAGGAUGAGCUCCUGCCUCAAGUGGAGGAGUUCAAGUAUCUUGGGGUCUUCUUCACGUAUGGAAUGGGAGAUCGACAGAUGGACCAGAUAUGGACUUUGUAUUGCUCCGUUGUGAUAAAGAAGAAGGUAAGCGGAAAGAUGAAGCUCUCAAUUUACCAGUCAGUCGAUCUACAUUUCGACCUUCACCUAUGGUCAUGAGCAGUGGGUCAUGACCAAAAGAACAAGAUUCCCAAUACAAGCUGCCAAAAUGAGUUUCUCUGCAGGGUUUCCAGGUUUUCCCUGAGAAAUCAGACGUGAAGCUCGGUCAUCCGGGCUGGCCUCAGAAUCGGGACGCUGCUCUUCACAUUGAGAUGAGCCAGAUGAGGUGCCUGCGACAUCUGAUUCGGAUGCCUCCCGGGCACCUUCCUGGUGAGAUGUUCCAGUUACGUCCUACCAGAAAGAGGCCCAGGAAACGCUGGUCGUGUUCCUUUAUGCUAAAGAGGACAUACAUGAAAUUUAUGUUUCAAGACAAUGACCCCAAACACCAGUAAACAUGCAAAGUCUUGGUUCCAAAUCAACAAUGUUAAUAUCAUGGACUGGCCUUUCCAAUCCCCAGACCUUAAUCCAAUCUAGAAUUUGUGGAGUGACAUCAGAAAUGUUUCUGAAAUAAAACCAAGACAUGUAAAUGAAUGUCGUCAAGGAAUCUUGGAGUGCAAUAACAGCUGAAAGAUGACACAAGUUGGUUGAGUCCAUGCCACACAAAUGUGAUGCACUUACUUACAAAAAAAUGUGGUCAUAAAAAUAAAUAUUAUUUUGAUUCAAAUGAUUGGUGAAUCUUAGAAACAAAGUUUGUACAAAAUAAUUUUGAGUAUGCAACAUCAACGGCUGACUGCUAUUUUUUUUAACACGCCCCUUUCAAAUACAACAUUCCAUAAUUCAUUUGGAUUUCUUGGUUUUGCUUAGAAACCGCAUUAUUGAUGUCACCCCACAUGUUCCCAAUUGGAUUAAGGUCUGGAGAUAGGGCUGGGCACUCCAUGACAAUUCUGUUGGAUUGGAACCAAGAGGUUGCGUGUUUACUUGUGUGUUUGGGGUUAUUGUCUUGUAGAAACACCCACUUCAAGGGCAUUUCCAAUUCAGCUUAAGGUAACAUGAGAUGACCUCUUCAAGUAAUUUGACAUAAGCAAACCAAUAGAUCCAUGAUCCCUGGUAUGCAAUAAAUAGGCACAACACCAUAGGAGAACCAUGCCCAUAGCAGGAUGCUUGCACCACCAUGCUUCACUGCCUUCAUUGCAUACUGUGGCUUGAAUUCAGACUUUGGGGUUGUCUCAGAAACUGUCUGUGGCCCCUGGGCCCAUCAAUCCAUCCAUUUUCUACCACUUCUCCAGUCGGGUCGUGGGAGAAGUAGCAUUAGCAGGGAUACCGAGACUUCCCUAUUUCCGGCCACUUCUUCCAGCUCUUCUUGAGGAAUUCCGAGGGGUUCCCAGGGCAACCAAGAGACAUAGUCUCCCAUGCGUGUCCUGGGUCGUCCUCGGGGUCUCUCUCCGGUGGGACAAGCCUGGAACAUCUCACCAGAGAGGGGUGCGGGAGGCAUCCGGAUCAGAUGCCCCAGCCACCUCAUCUGGCUCCUCUCAAUGCGGAGGAGCAGCGGCUCGACACUGAGACCUCCUGGAUGACCGAAUUUCUCACACUAUCUCUAAGGGAGAGACCGGACACUCUGCGGAGGAAACUCAUUUCGGCCCUUGUAUCCGGGAUCGUUUUCGAAAACCACAUUCCUUCUCCUGCAUCUGAGAUUCGACUUCCUGAUGGACCCUCCUCUCCAGCACCCCUAAAUAGACCUUACCAGUGAGGCUGAGGAGUGUGAUCCCACACACACCGUCCAGUCCCCCUUCUUGAAAAGGGGGACCACCACCCCAGUCUGCCAAUCCAGAGGCACUUUCCCCGAUGUCCACGCGAUGUUGCAGAGGCGUGUCAGCCAGGACAGCCCCACAACAUCCAGAGCCUUUAGGAAAUCCGGGCAAAUCUCAUCCACCCCUGGGGGCCCUGGCACAAAGGAGAUUUUUAACCUCAAGCUCAGAGAUAGAAGAUCCCGCCUC